CACUGCGCUUACAGCAGUGUAGAGCGUAGGGUAUCCCACGUGUCUCGCAAAGUCCGGCCCUGAGUUCCCCCAGCUCUUUUCUCCACCAGGAUCCAGGGAGCCUCCUCGUUUCCCUUGGUGUUCGCUCAACUCCCGGCCCGCGUGAGCAGAGCCCCGCACAGUACCCUGCGCUCAGUGGGCCAACUUGGAGAAGCUACUUUGUCCGGGAAACCGCGCCGUGGGUACUGGGCACUGCGCAUGCGGAGCUCCAAAUUCAAACAGCUGUUUCCAGAGGCUGGAGGGCGGGUGGAACAGGAGCCGCUGGGCCUAGGGGACGCUUUCUCCCGGAGGUGGCCUCUCGGGAGCCAUGGUGGACCGGGGCCCUCUGCUCACCUCGGCCAUCAUCUUUUACCUGGCCAUCGGGGCGGCGAUCUUCGAAGUGCUGGAGGAGCCGCACUGGAAAGAGGCUAAGAAAAACUACUACACACAGAAAAUGCGUCUACUCAAGGAGUUCCCGUGUCUGGGCCAGGAGGGCCUGGACAAGAUCCUGCAGGUGGUGUCUGAUGCUGCGGAUCAGGGCGUGGCCAUCACCGGGAACCAGACCUUCAACAACUGGAACUGGCCCAAUGCAAUGAUUUUUGCAGCCACAGUCAUCACCACCAUCGGCUAUGGCAACGUGGCCCCCAAGACCCCCGCCGGGCGUCUCUUCUGUGUCUUCUAUGGUCUCUUCGGGGUGCCUCUCUGCCUGACCUGGAUCAGUGCCCUGGGCAAGUUCUUCGGCGGACGCGCAAAGCGGCUGGGCCAGUUCCUCACCAAGAGAGGCGUGAGCCUGCGGAAGGCGCAGAUCACGUGCACGGCCAUCUUCAUUGUGUGGGGCGUCCUGGUCCACCUGGUGAUCCCGCCCUUCGUGUUCAUGGUGACCGAGGAGUGGGACUACAUCGAAGGGCUCUACUACUCCUUCAUCACCAUCUCCACCAUCGGCUUCGGCGACUUCGUGGCCGGGGUGAACCCCAGCGCCAACUACCACGCCCUGUACCGCUACUUCGUGGAGCUGUGGAUCUACCUGGGGCUGGCCUGGCUGUCCCUCUUCGUCAACUGGAAGGUGAGCAUGUUCGUGGAGGUGCACAAGGCCAUCAAGAAGCGGCGGCGGCGGCGGAAGGAGUCCUUCGAGAGCUCCCCGCAUUCCAAGAAGGCGCUGCAGAUGGCGGGGAGCGCAGCCUCCAAGGAUGUCAACAUCUUCAGCUUCCUGUCCAAGAAAGAGGAGACCUACAACGACCUCAUCAAGCAGAUUGGGAAAAAGGCAAUGAAGACGAGCGGGGGUGGCGAGAGGGUCCCGGGGAUGGGACCUGGACCUGGACCGGGGUUGGGACCAGGGUCAGGACCGGGACCGGGGCCGGGGCCAGGAUCCGGGUUGGGGCCUCAGGCGGGUGGGCCGCCAGCCGUCCCUGCCUCCCUGGCCCCCCUGGUGUUCUACUCCAAGAACCGGGCGCCCAGCUUGGAAGAGGUGUCUCAGACGCUGCGGAGCAAAGGCCAUGUGUCGCGGGCGCCCGGUGAGGAGGACGGAACAGGGCCCCCCGAGGGCGGUUCCCCCACCUCCGAGGUGUUCAUUAACCAGCUGGACCGCAUCAGUGAGGAGGGCGAGCCCUGGGACGCCCAGGACUACCACCCGCUCAUCUUCCAGAACCCCAACAUCACCUUUGUGAACGAGGAGACUGGCCUCUUGGAUGAGGAGACAUCCAAGUCCUCCCUGGAGGACAACCUGGCUGGGGAGGAGAGGCCCCAGGGAGAGGCCGAGGCCGGGGUGCCCCUGAGCCUGGGCGAGUUACCCUCGUCAGACGAGUCCACCUUCACCAGCACGGAGUCCGAGCUCUCUGUGCCUUACGAACAGCUGAUGAACGAAUACAAUAAGGCGAACUGCCCCAGGGGCACGUGAGGAGGGCCCGGCGCCCCGCUCCGCCGCUGAUGGCUUCUGUCACCCUCCUCCUGGGCCAUCCUGCUGUGCCCGGGACACCCUGGAACUGGGAGGGGGGGCCAGCGGCCUUCCUCACCUUCCGUCCCCUCCAGCUCCAUGCUCCCUGUCAAGCAUGGCUCGUGCCCAGGACAGGGUCUCUGUUCUCCAGCCGAGCGGCACCCUGGCAGUGGGAGGCGCCUGUCCUGAGCACAGCUGGUUUGUUGACGGCUUAUCUGUGGGCCGGCAGGACUGACCCCGAGGCCUACGCUCCGUGGGUCUUCGCCCCAUCAUGCGGUUGAGCAGGUCACACGGUUCCCUUAGAUCUCUUAGGUCGGGGUCAUGGCCUUGUGAGCUGACCAGUAUUAAUGAGCUGCUUCUGUGUGCUCAGCACUGAACUAGGCAUUUCAGAGGAGGGCCCUGCCUUGGAAGGAGGUAUGGGGACUGGGCCCUGCCUGGGGCAAGAAUCGAACCACCCUCUCCCCAGCCCGUCUGUGGGACUGGCUCCUACUACAAGCCUCAGUAGGACGGAGACCCCCCCCGGGGGAGGUGCCAGGAGAUGAAGUUCGGGCACUGGAAUGCUCCUGGUGUGGGAGCACUGUCCCCAGCUGCCCCGGGUUCGAGACUUGGUGAUUCACUGGGACUGAGCCCUGCCCAGAGAACAGUCCUUGUCUCAGAUCCCCUUGGCAAGUGACGGUAGAUGUGGGCUUUCUGCCUCCCAGGAAGUGGUGGGAGGAAGUGAAGGGGCGGGCCUGGGCUCCGAGGCUGGGCUCCUAGCGCUGCGACCAGGGAGCUGGAGGGCAGCUCAGCUUGGCACCCCUCCCGGCUCCCCGUGCCCAGAAGAGGACCUCACGGCCCUCCAGGGUGUUCUUGGCUCCCAAGUAGAAAUGGCCCAAUAUGUGAAUCAGGCUCCUUCCUCACGCGCGUGUGCAAGUGUGCGUGCGUGUGUGUAAGAAAGGGGAGCAAAAGAUAAUGUGAAAUGUACACAGACUGUCCCUGUGAGGGGCUGGCUGAGCUCGUAGGUUCUCCCUGGUGACUCGGGCCAGCCCGCUCUGCCCUGCACGUUUUGUUAUUUUUAAAAUAAACUGCUGUUUUUAUGUACCUGGCAUCUGUUGUUGGCUUUAGAGGCAGAGGAGAGAGGAGAGGGCAGGGUCCCAAGGAUUGGAAUGCUCCGUGUUCACCCUCCCACCCCCGCCCCAACGCCGUUGGGCCUUUCUUGGUGACCUCAGCCAAGGUCAUGAGCUCGAGAGUCCCCACACCGAGAGGGGGAGAGGGCAGUCAGCAGGUGAGCAGAGUUGGAGAGGGGCACCCAUCACAGGCCAUGGAUACUGGGCAGGAGGCGAGUGAGCACCCUUCAUCCCAACACCCUCUCGGCCUCAGCUCCCUCCCCAGUACUGUGGGGCCAAACAGGGCCAGAACCCACACCCCCCCAACAUGUGAAGACAGCGAUGGACAUGUGUCCACACCCCGCUGAUCUUGCACCAGGGAAGGCUGGCCGGACCGUGGGGCGACAAGGAGUGGCCUUCUGCUUCCUGUGAGAUGUCUCAUGCUCACCCCGCCUGCGGGGUGUCACCUGCUCUCCUGGAACCGCACGCACUGUAUGUACAGACUGGCGACGAUGUCAGAUGUAAUUUAUUUUAA